AUGACCUUAAUUCAUGCUUUAGAAACAUGGGAAAAAGACUGGUCCAUGGAGUUCAACCCUGAUGUGUGGCAUGGACAUGCAGAUAUACUUGUGAAAAGAAGUGUAGUCAAGGUAGUAUCUGAAGAGAAUGAUUCCAAUGAAGAGGAUGGAAGUUCUAAACAAUUGCAAAAGAAAAUGAGAACUGAAAGUAUUGAAGAUGAUGAGAGUUCAGAGUCAGGUGAAGAUUAUGACAGCAGUGUUGAAAAAGGAGAGAAAAUGAAUGCAAUAAGUGAUCAUGCAUUGUCACAGAUAUUGGCGCAAACAAUAGUUAAUGCAUUUGCAGAAGUGAGCAAUAAUCAAAAGUUGUUCAGUUCCUUUAUACCGUCUUUUAUUGCAACUUCUAAAGUUAUAAGAAUAACUAUGUACAACUGUAAAUUGGAUAGUCUGAUAAUGACAGAUUAUUUGGAUAUCUUCAAAGUGAUCGGGCCCAAACGCGUCUUAAAUUUAUCAACUAUCUUUAAGUAUCUGGUUUGCCUUGAAUUUUGAAAAUUAUUUGAUAAAACUAAUGACCUCUAUCCUAAAUUUGAAGAGGGACACAUAAAGUCAAAUUUUAAAGAACAUGCUGGUGAAAUGUUUGAGAUAUAUAAAGAAAAGUGUACCAAACCUAUGUCACGGGCAGAAAUGAAUGAAAUUGUUGAAAAAUUUAGAUUGAAAAAACAAGGUAUUUCAUCUUUCUUUGAUGUAUUAGAUAAAGCAUUUUCACAGAUUUGAAAUAUGGUAGAUGGCUUAACCAAUAUUAUCAGACCUUUUUUUUUAGCUUGACUAUUCAAAGAACAAGGAGAGCUAUAUUGUGCUAACCCAGGCCUCGGCUUCUUUUAAGAUUUUGCAUGCAAGUUGGUAUCUCAAAAAUUACAGAAGGGAAUC